GUCAAAAGUACCGGCCCACGGACACGUCGAUAGUCACCGCCAUAGAGUCAUGAGAGGUUUUUCCAUUUUUCUUUAUUCAUCAAUUUUGACCUCCAGCUCGAGUAUUUUCGAAUUUUUUCACACAUUCCUUCAUAUUUCUCCUAAUUUACGGAACUUCAAUGUCGCGAAAACUUGUCAAGUAUUAAAAAUUCCAGAUUCGUUGGAGGCUGACGAACGUGACGUUGCCGUGACUCGAAGCACGUUGAUUUAUGUAGUACCGUAUUAUUAUAUCGUAUUAUCAGGGUGUAACUAUAAUUUUAUUUUAAAACCAAUAAAAAUCCCUCGAAUCCCUAGGCGUAACAACUGUGUUAAGAACCAAAUAUGAGUUUUGCUUUUCUCGAGGAAGCAUGCAAGAAAAGGGACGAGGCCGUUAAAGCUUUCUCAACCAGGCAUAAAGCGUCGCGGUGUCAUGGCAUCCGAUGGAGUCACGUCAUAGAGCUAUGGUUCACGUCGAGGUUGGCAGCGUCGUGAGCGCCCCUGGUGGCGAGAGCGGUAACCCGAUCGCCGAAGUAGGGAGAACUACUUUUCGCGGAGUGUCGGAGCGUGCGCGUCCGCGUUUCGGUGCGUCUCGCGGUUGGUGGCUCGCGAGAGAGAAAAUGAGAUCCGAGUCGGCGGUGCCUCGGUAUGACCUGAAAAAAUAAAUGUUUCCCUCGGUCCGUGAGUGAACGAUCAUUGAAUCGCGGAGCGAGAUGGAGGCCGGCCUGUCGAGGAACGAGGCGGCCAUAGCACCAGAGCUGUACUUCCUCGUAGCGAAAUUCUUGGCGACAGGGCCCUGCCGGGAGAUCGGGGAGGCGCUGAAGCACGAGUUGGAACGCUCAGAGAUUCUACCGGCGCGACUCGACUGGGAAGGGAAUUCGCACGAGCAGUCGUUCGCGGAGUUGGAAAAGAGGUAUCCUCAUAUCGGAGCAGAACAUUUACUGCGAAUAUGUGCUCGCAUCGGGCCAGUGUUAGAAAAGGAAGUUCCACCAUGUGUUCCUGGAGCCGUUUCGUUAUUAGGAGCAGGAACACAAUCUUUGUUGCGUACUCGCGAAGAUCUUUCGCGGUACGUACGUGGUAUUGUUGCUUAUUCUGGAAGAAUGGGAGGAAAGCCAUUUUUGGAGCCACUUAAUAGCGGUUUAACUCACAAUAUUGUACGUGUACUUCAGGGAAGAGAAAAUUCUGGACCCAUUAGUCGGCAUGAAGCGGUUCCAACAAAAUUUUACAGCAAAAUGCAAUUAUAUCGGCACACGUUAGGACACUUAUCUGCUGUAUAUUGUGUUCUAUAUGAUCGCACUGGAAAAUAUGUUAUCACUGGUGCCGACGAUUUACUUGUCAAAGUUUGGAGCAGCAUAGAUGGACGUCUUUUGGCUACCUUUCGAGGUGCUUCGGCUGAAAUAAUGGAUAUUGCAGUUAAUAUUGAUAACACUCUUUUAGCAGCUGGAAGCUUAGACCGGAUACUGAGAGUAUGGUGUUUCCAGACAAUGUCCCCUGUUGCUGUAUUAUCUGGGCAUUCUGGUAUGAUUACUUCUGUAAAUUUUUGCCCAAUCCCAUGUAACGGCGUGAAUUAUCUCGUCUCCACCAGUACCGAUGGUUCGGUGGCAUUUUGGUCUCACGCAAGGGAAGGCAACGACAGGGCUGUGUUCCAAACAAAACCAAUUCAGUACCACGAAAAAAUGAGGCCAGGUCAAGCACAAAUGAUCUGUGCGUCAUUUAGUCCAGGUGGUGCUUUCAUGGCAGCUGGAUCCGCGGAUCACCACGUCAGGGUAUAUGCAAUGUUGGGAGAUGAAGGACCUCGUCGAGUACUAGAAGUUGAAGCACAUUCAGACACUGUUGACAGCAUGCAAUGGGCACACAGCGGAUUGAAAUUUAUUUCUGGUUCUAAGGAUGGCACUGCCAAUGUCUGGCAUUUCGAGCAGCAACAAUGGAUAAAUAAACGUCUUCUAAUGACCACGAAACUUCCGGGCGAGCCAGAUGCAGACGAUGAUACAAAUAAAAAGACAAAAGUUACAAUGGUAAGUUGGGAUCUGAGUGAUGAAUGGGUUAUUACGGCAGUCAACGACAGUUCACUAAAAGUGUGGAACGCGCACACGGGAGAAUUAGCAAAGGUCUUGCGAGGUCAUAAAGAUGAAGUAUUUGUCUUGGAAUCUCAUCCAAUGGACCCUCGAGUCAUAUUGAGUGCCGGUCACGAUGGUCAGCUUAUUAUUUGGGAUGUAUUGAACACGGAACCGAUGGCCUGCUUCCAAAAUUUCAUCGAAGGCCAAGGUAAUGGCGCUGUCUUCGAUGCUAAAUGGUCACCCGAUGGAACUAUGUUGGCUGCUACGGAUUCUCAUGGGCAUCUUCUGAUGUACGGUUUCGGUUCUGGCGUAGAGAGAUUGAAAAUAGUUCCAAAAGAAUUGUUCUUCCACACGGAUUACCGUCCUUUGAUAAGAGAUGCUAAUAACUAUGUGUUGGACGAGCAAACGCAGACUGCACCACAUUUAAUGCCCCCGCCGUUUCUGGUUGACGUUGAUGGCAAUCCAUAUCCUCCAGCAUUGCAGCGAUUGGUACCAGGAAGAGAGAAUUGUCGAGGUGAACAGCUAGUUCCGAAUAUCGCAGUAGGUGCUGGUGGAAUGCAGGAGGUUAUCGAAGGUCUUCCCGUUCAGGAACCGCGAUCCAACAUCGACCGUUUAAUCGAAGCUCUUGCGCAAAGGCAGAACAUUAACGUCGAAGGGGAACCUGGAGAAGAACGAGAUGAAAAUCAAGGAGAAAUACCCGUACGGCAAAUCGCGAGUCCACGGGGAAGCAGACCUGGUUUACGAAGAGUUGGAGAUGUCGAGGGUGUUAGGCAAAGUAGCGGUAACUGGCAAAGAGAUAAUACCACUCCUUGGAACAAGCCGAUACUCGCAAAACCAAUAAACCCUGCAAUUCGUGAAACGCAAACCAAGUUGCUCGUUGCAAUGGCUGAUAUGGAGUUAGAGAUCUGGAGGCGUGAGAUGCGACGGAGACCACAGUUAAUCUCGAGUACUACAACGGCCCAAGGAGGAUUAGCCAACCGUUUAGCGAACCGGAAACGCAAUAGAAAUACAAGACACGGUUACAGAACAAGGGCUGCCAGAGGUGAAGAACAAGAGGACGCAGAGUUUGAGAAUCCUGAUAACGGAGCAACGUCUGGAAGUUCAGCGAGUAGUAAUAGCAAUGAUUCGACGGCACAGGAAGAGGAUAUGAGUUCGGACAGUUCAACGUCGGAUUCAAGUAGUGAAUAUUCGGAUUGGAUUGCCGAUCACGGACUCAAUUUGGAGCCGCCAAAAAGGAGCAAACGAAAGCCCGUAAAAAAAAGGUCUGUUACUCCACCGAGUGAAUCGGACAGGAGACGCAGUCAGCGACCCAAGAAGAAGGUAAAGGCAUUAACGAAGGUUGUAGCGGUACCUAAUGGAGUCGCGGAAGUCCCUGAAGCUUUCCGUCCGUCGGAGUGGCUUACCGAGGUGAUACCUCGAAAAGCUCCGUACUACCCACAGAUGGGUGACGAGAUAGUAUAUUUUCGCCAAGGUCAUCAGUUUUACCUUGACGCCGUUAGAAACAAAAAGGUGUACGAACUUGGCCCUCGUUUCGAGCCUUGGUCUAAAAUGAACAUACGAGCUCAAGAAGUCGUCAAAGUUGUGGGAAUCAAGUACGAGAUUCGCCCGCCACGAUUGUGUUGUCUCAAGUUAGCUUUAAUGGAAGAAGAUGGUCGGUUAACUGGGGAGACUUUUACCAUAAAGUACCACGACAUGGCCGAUGUAUUAGAUUUCCUGGUUCUUCGUCAAACUUUUGACACAGCCCUUGCUCGCAAUUGGUCCGAGGGUGAUCGGUUUCGUUGUAUGAUUGACGAUGGAUGGUGGAUGGGUCAAAUUCAGUCCAUGGAACCGUUGGAUGAUGAUUUUUCGGAAUCUUUCUUUAUGUGCUUUCGGGUCAGAUGGGACAAUGGAGAGUUCGAACGGAUGAGCCCUUGGGAUCUGGAACCCAUUGAUGAAGAUAGACUCCCAGCGGAAAUCGGUGGUGCCGUUCCCGUACUUCCGGAAGAAAUACAAGCGACGUUGUAUCAACCUCAUGCCGAGGAAUGGCCGAUGGGAGAUAGAGAAGCGACUUGCCGUAGGAUAAUUCGAGGGCUAGAUCAAGUAAUGAGUCUCGCUAUCGCGGAACCCUUUAUGGUUCCGGUAGAUUUAAAUAUCUAUCCAAGUUAUGCAUUCGUUGUGGAAUAUCCUAUUGACUUGUCGACCAUAAAAGCUCGUUUUGAGAACCAUUUCUACAGACGGAUCACGUCUGCUCAGUUUGAUGUAAGAUAUUUGGCUACCAACGCUGAGCAGUUUAACGAACCUCACAGUCAAAUCGUCAAGCAAGCCAGAAUUGUUACGGACUUGUGCUUGCGUAUCAUUAAAGAGACUACGGAGCUAGAUGUCCCUGCAGUCUAUCAUCAAUUAGUCGAUACGUACCAUUCGUCGGAUUCAGAAAUCGAUGUUGAAGAGGACAAGGAAAAACCUUCUACUAGUUCAAAGAAACCAGUUGCCAAUAGAAAUUUACGGUCGAAAGAAGUUUGUCAGGAUUGGAAACUGGCUUGUCGACAAUUGUUGGAAAGUUUGUGGCAAUGCGAAGACUCAAUUCCAUUUAGGGAACCAGUAGACAGAUUGGAGCAUCCCGAUUAUUACCAAAUAAUAGAUACUCCAAUGGAUCUUAGAACUGUGAAAGAAGAUUUAUUGGGAGGGAAUUACGAGACUCCUGCUGAAUUUGCCAAAGAUAUGAAGUUGAUUUUUUCAAAUAGUAGGAAUUAUAAUACAAACAAGCGCUCCAGGAUAUAUUCAAUGACGAUAAGAUUGUCAGCAAUGUUUGAAGAACAUAUGCGAAGAAUCGUUUCUAAUUGGAAAUCAGCAAGACGACGUAGUGAAAAUGCAAGAGCAAAGGCAAAGGCAAAUAACACCGGUAAGAAAGGCAAGGCGCGUCUUACGAACGGUGCAGGGCCAUCUAAAGUGCAAAGUAGCGAUGACGAUGAUGAUGAUGAGGACGAAGAUGAGAGUACAUCUAAAAAUCAAGGAUCAUCGGCUAAAUCGAAACGAAAGUCUCGCGGCUUGGAAGAUCCUGGUUAUUUAACAGGUCCUUCCCGUUUAACUAAUGGCCAUGCAAAAGGCAGUGGAAGUUUAUCUCGUCCUACCAUAAGACUAAGAAUUUCAAGAAAUGCAUCGAUGAAGAAGACUAAGGUUAGUGACAGUGAACUAAGUGACUCAGAGGCAACAGUUGAAAGUGAAAGCAGCGAUAGUGCACCAAUGCGAAGAACACGGGGAAGAAAGACAGUGAGUAGUGAUGCUGGGGAUAGUGAUUCAGGAGAUAGUUAUAAACCAGGUGGUCGGGGAAAACAGACUCGUAAAAAUCGAGCGAAAAAUAGUAAGAAUAUUAAACAAAGUAAGCCUAAGCCAAAAUCAUUUGUAACCGAUGACGAAGAGGAUGACGAAGAUCAAUUCCUUGAACCCGAGACCACAGAAGAAGAUGAAGAAAGUGCUGACGAGGUUGUGCAGAAAAAUUCCACGAGGUCACGUAAAGCAACUGCUAGGAUGCCAGUACUUGUACCUGAGGCUCAAGAUGGAUCUGACUGUAACGAUGCACAAAGUGAUUCCGACGAAGAAGAAAUUCGACCUCCUGUCGCUACUAACAUUCUAGACUCGGAUAGUGAGGAGUCGGAUGCGAUAUUUGAACCAGUUAGAAAUUACAGGAAAACGCGUGUGUCUAGAGACUCGGAUAGUCAAGACGUAGCACAACAUACUCGCAGAAGUGGUAAACGUCCGCGCUACAACGAAGAGAGCGAUGACAGCAAUGCUGCUCCUCCUCGUAAUCGACGUAGUAUUAAGAGACGUUAUUAUGCCGAAGAAAGUGACGAGAGCUUGCCAGAGCCUGGAAUCAGUAUAAGCAGCAGGGGACGAGUGCGUAAAAUGACAGCACGAGCAAGGGCCUUUCUCUUGGAAUGACCCUAACCGUCAUGUUCGUUAUAGACAACUUAAUGUAUAGUAUAACCAAGUUUUUCUAUCAGACGCGUUAUGUAGUAGUUUAAAAUGAAAUACCGAAUUAAACCAACAAUAACGUUUUACAACGAACGUUCGUCGAACCGGCAUUACACACUCCAAAGAACGUGGAAUUUUAUGAGUAAUUGUGGCACAUUGUUACGCUAGACAUCGUACGAAUAAUGGCAGAGUAUUAUAGAGGGCUUUGAAAAUAUUGUACAUUAAAUAUAUUUUGUAAUACAGUUCAAGAAUAUUGAUCUACUGCAUUCAAGUCCACUACUUAACACCUUAAAGUAAUUGUUUUGUUUGAAUAUAAUUGAACAAUUCCAGGAGUGUGAUAAAAUGUCUAUCUAAUGCUAACUGUCGUAAUAUUUUCCGCAAUUUUUCUUUCAUAUGCACUUAAAACAAGUUUUUGUUUUUUUUUCCAAAUGUACUUGUCUCCGUUGAUUACUUGAAAAAAUUGAGAGAGUCAUUGAAACAAGUAUACAUACCAAUUUUGCAAAAUUUGUAAUUAAACUCUACCUGUUCUACAUGUGUCAAGAUAAGAUAACGCAAGAAAAGGAGUUUUAGUUUCGAAGUAUUUCAUGAUAGAAUGCUUAAUUAAAUUUUAUUUUGUGUUUCAGUUAUUGACAGAAAUUAACAGAGUCUAACAAGUUUUUUGAUACUAAAAGUAACUGUGAAAGGAUGCAUAGACUUUAAUGCAAGGUUGAUGGGAUUAAUAUUGCAUUUGUUAUUCUCAGGAGAAAGGUCUGCAGCUUGUUUACAAGAAAAUAAUCGUAUUGUUACAUAGAAGAAUUUGAAAUAAGUGUUGAAUAGGAUUAGUAGUGUAGGCAGAUUUGCUGAGGCAGUAUACCGAAUCAAUUCGUAAUAACAAUAUGAUUUUUAUAAAGUAUCAAGCUAUCCUUAUUGAAUUAGUCUCAAUUUUGUUCUUGCUAUAUUAUGUCGCUAUGCAUUCGAAUCGAUUUCGUUUAAUUAACCCUUUGCGGUCGUAUUCAAUUUAUACAUAGGUGUUUUGGUGGCUGAGAGUAGACAUACUACCGCAAAGGGUUAAUGAAUAGAUAUGAUGACAAUACUUUUGAUUUUUGAAAUUACGUGUGAAUGAUCUCCAUUUUAUACAAUUACUAGACUUAUACACAUCACAAAUAGAUUUUACAGUGAUCGAUAUUGGAGAUCAAUCCCUUGGCAUCUCCUGGAACGUUGAUAUCAUUUGUUAGAUCAUUGACUAGUUGUAUACAUGUAGCAUGAACUCAUGUAGAGAUACUUACGUUGUAAAGUAACGGUGUCCUUUCUCCUGAGAGAUGGAUCGAAACAUCUGAAAUAUAAUUAUUUUAAAGGUUAAACGAUGUGCUUACCGACGAAUGCUAAUGACAUGGCAUGUCUUCGAAAGAAGCGAAUAAUGACCAGCCUUCAGUUUGGAAGUACCCAGUUUGUUAACAUAUUUGUAAUGUGGCGACAGGCACGUGCUAUUUCCUAUUUUUCUUUUCUUUCUAAAAAAAACAUGGCAUAUCACAUGUUUAAACACACGUAGUUCAUUAACUUAAACAACAUUCGUAAAAAUGAUUAUCAGGAUAUCCUAGUUGCGGUUUGUAAUGCUACGAAGAUGGGAUAUCCUAAUCUCUUUGCUAUAGAUACUUUUAAUUCAUUAUAGGUAGGUAUACGAUAAUGGAGUGCUGUGGUACGCUAACUGUGCAAAUGAAUUUUAGGAAAUUUCAAAGAUACGCAAAGUAACUCUGAGUAUAUUAAGAAUUUAUACAUUAUAUGUAGAAUGUAAAGCAUACCUCCAUUUUUGAAGUACCAUAAUGCUAAGGGAAAAGAUAUUCGUGCGCAACUAUUUCGAGUCUCGACUGUCUGAAGCCAUUGUGAUAUUAGCAUAAGAGCACGACAAGAAAUAUGAUAACAAUAAUAUAAACAUUAAAUAGGUCGAUAAUGGUUAUUUUUUUAAUGACGCGUUAAGUA